CUCCUGGGAAGGGGAGGCGAAGGAUCCGGACGGGAAUUCGCCGAUCAAGACGGAAGGUACUGUUGAAAUCCCUUACAUUUCCGACGAGAAUGCCGGGGAAGAUCCAGAAAUUAAGAUCACCUCUUGGGGAUCAAUUGAAGGAGGCUUUUGUUGCGAGAGCCAGACCUUUCGUUCUGGAACAGGUCAGAAGAUGGGUGAGUGCAAUGGCGAAAGGAGGGCCCGUUGAGGAUGAGCUCGAACUGAAGAAGAGCGUUAAGAAGACCACCAGAGGAAGUACUAUGGAUGAAGAUGCCUCGACAACUGCGAAAAUGGUAGCAAAGGAGAAGAAGAAAGACGGGUUUAAGGCCAUUAAGAUGUCAGAGAUGUUUAAUUGCAGGUCGAGUGAUUUGUAUGAGAUAAUGAUGGAUGAAAACAGGUGGAAAGGGUUCACGCAGAGCAAUGCGAGGAUUAGUAAGGAGGUGGGAGGAGAGUUUAGCAUAUUCGGCGAGUCUGUGAACGGGACCAUUGUGGAGUUGCAGGAAGGGAAGUUGAUUGUGCAGAAAUGGCGGUUCUCUAGCUGGCCCCGAGGCAUCCAUUCCAUGGUACGGCUCGAAUUUGAUGAGAUUGAACCUCAAGUAACAGUCAUAAAGCUAACACAUUGUGAUAUACCGGAGGAAGACAGAUAUGGAAACGACACGGUGGUGGAGAACACCGAGAGAGGGUGGCGCGAUCUCAUCUUUCACAAGAUACGAUCGCAGAACGAACAGAACGCCUCAAAGAUGGCUGAUACUGCAAAGUAUGCUCCCAUUAAUGGCGGAAAUCUACUCUCCGAACUAAAACCGCAUUUCUCUCUAAUCAAAGCCCAGAGAACCAAGGUUUGCGCGUUCGGAUUCGUCUUCGUCUUCAUUGCUUUCACUAUUUUCCUGGCUUUCAGCCCUUCCCCCAACUCCUCUUCUCCCUGGUUCACCAACAUAUUCUCUUUAACUGGCAGCACCGACGGCGGCGGCGGGACUCUGCCUGCGCCGCCUUCCUCCGGUGACUCUUCCAGAUCUCAGUUCUCUUCGAUUUUCUCCUACUUUUUCCCGAAUUCCUCCGUCCAAACUCAAAACCUUACUUCGCCUCCUCCGUAUAAUCUCCCAGCAUCUCAGAAGAACAGUUCCGGAGUGCUCGAUUUCAGUACAGAUCCAGAAAUCGCGAGAAAUCAGACGCGUUCAAAUACUGAUAGUGACAGUGCUCAACUUAUGAAGCCGUCGAAUCAGAGCGCGGUUUUGAACGCAACUGCUUCUUCUAGGUUGAACAACGAGUCAUCAACUGUAAGCAAUCUCCCUCGGAGUGGAGUGUCCGGUGAUGGUAAAGUUGGAGUGUUGAACUCAAAUCGGACUACUGCAACGGACGAGGGUGAAAAAUCUCCGGCGAAUCAGACUGUCCGUUCGCCGCCAAAGUCCAGUUCCGAGGGAGGGAAGGAGAAUUUGGAGAAGCAACACAACAACAAUACCGGAAACAAAACGGAAAAUUCCAGUGUGUCGGCGGCACAGGGGAGUGAGGAUUUGAUGAAAUCACUGUCCAGUUGUGAUUUCUUUGAUGGGAAUUGGGUCAUGGAUGAAUCUUACCCAUUGUACAAGCCUGGUUCUUGUUCUCUCAUUGACGAGCAAUUCAACUGCUUCAUCAAUGGCAGGCCUGAUAAGAAUUACCAGAAAUAUAGAUGGAAACCCAAAGCUUGUACUCUUCCAAGAUUGAAUGCCACUCAUAUGCUGGAGAUGUUGAGAGGGAAGCGAUUAGUGUUUGUUGGUGAUUCUCUGAAUAGGAAUAUGUGGGAAUCUCUUGUCUGCAUUCUUAGAAACUCUGUAAAUAAUCAGACCAAAGUUUAUGAAGAAUUUGGCAAACAAUACUUUCGCGGAGAAGCUUCCUACUCUUUUGUGUUUGAAGAGUAUAAGUUUAAAGUGGAAUUCUUUGUAUCUCCAUUCUUGGUUCAAGAAUGGGAAAUAACAGAUGAAACUGGAAAGAAAAAGGAAACUCUCCGACUUGAUUUAGUGGGGCAUUCUGCUGAUAAAUACGAAAAUGCAGACAUCUUAGUAUUCAACACGGGCCACUGGUGGACGCACGAGAAGACUUCUAAAGGGGAGGAUUAUUACCAAGAAGGCAGUCAUGUGUACCAUGAACUAAAUGUUCUUGAGGCUUUCCGGAAGGCUUUAACGACAUGGGCAAGAUGGGUAGAUGCCCAUAUAAAUCCUGCAAAAACCCUUGUUCUCUUCAGAGGCUAUUCUGCCUCUCAUUUCAGCGGCGGGCAGUGGAAUUCCGGUGGGGCAUGCGACCAUGAAGCUGAGCCGAUAAAGAAUGAGACGUACCUAACACCAUACCCUCCCAAGAUGGAAGUGUUGGAGAGAGUACUGAAAGGGAUGAAGACUCAUGUCUCAUACCUUAAUGUCACGAGAAUGACGGAUUUCCGGAAGGAUGGCCACCCAUCAAUGUACCGGAAACAACAUUUGUCCGACGAGGAACGAAGAUCUCCAUUGAGUUACCAAGACUGCAGCCAUUGGUGCCUCCCUGGGGUGCCCGAUAUCUGGAAUGAAAUUCUUUACGCCGAACUCCUUGCAAACCAAUACCAGAAACAACACCAAUCCAAACCUUAGGUAAAGUGGAUGACACACACAAGACAGGCCUGAGAUUUUUUUUUCAAUACAUGCCUACAGUUUACAGGUAAAAAUGUGUAUUCAUCUAAAUCCCGUGUUUUUUCGUUUAAUUUCCACUUACGAAUUCCCAGUCCCUGCACAUGACAGAUAGAAGUCAUAAAACACCCAGAGAAAAUUCAAGAAAUGAGUACUUCCAUGUCAUGAUUUAUUUGGGAGAGCCAGAUUUAAGUGUUUGGAGAUUACUUUUAUUUCCAACCCUUAAAAAUCUCCAGUUUUCACGGGCAUUGUUGUUUGUGCAUAUUGUGGGACGAAAAAUUCCGGGUCGACUAAAUGCGCAAAUGACAAUGCUUCAGUGGUCACUGUGACUUUCUUUUCCCUUCAAAACCCGGAUAGAAAAUCAAUCCCGUGUGGGUUCGAUCCAUUUCCGAUUCGUGUUUAAUGAAUUAUGGCAUGGGAU